GGGCUGUGCCCUGUGCCCAGAGGCCACUGUGACCUCUGGGGGGUUUUUGGGGCACAGAGGCCUGGGGUGCCACUGCCCCAGAGCACCUUUCUCAGGAGGCAGCAGCUGCCUGAGAACCUCUGCAGGAAAGCAUGACAGAGACACCCAAUGGGGAGAAGAUGGACUUCAAGCAGCCACAGGUGGACCACAGGCAGCCACAGGACGAGAAGCGCUGCCCAAAUGCUCCUCCUGAGGCACAAGAGGCAGCAGAGGCAGCAGCCCUGGGUGAGCAGGUGUCCUCAGCAGGGACACGGAGCCGUGUCCCACCCCUGCAGAGCUCCUGCUCUUCCCCAGGCCCCUCAUCUGCCCAGGGGGCAGCCCAGACCCUCAGCGGGCCUGGGUCAGUGCUGGAAGCACCAGAGCCCGGGGAGGAGGAAGAGAGGGAAGUCUGCCAUCCCCUUGAGCCGUGCCGAGGGGAAAACCACAUGGAACGAGAGCUUUCCCAAGGGGAAGUCAGCAGAAUCCCGAAGCCGUCCCAAGGGGAAAAUAACAGCAACAAAACAUUGCCGCAUGAAAACUGGCGAUACAUCACAAUCCGGACGGUCUGGAUCAACCCCAACUACCCGGAGCUCUUGCAGGAACCCCUCCAGGAGGAGGCAAAGGCAGCAACUCCUUCUACCUCAGAUGAGCAGGUGCCAGCAGCUGCAGGGACACAGAGCCCUGCCCCGGGCAGCCCCUGCUGCUUUCCCUGUUCCUCACGGACCCAGCUGGCAGCCCGGACCCUCGGUGACCUGCAGCGUGUCCACAGGCAGCCCUCCAGCCCCAGGCGGACUCUGCAGGCUCUGUGCACCCUGCUCUGGUGCUCCUGCAUGGAGCUGCAGCUGGGUGAUUAGUGCAUGCUGCCAGACUCUAAUUCAAAUCAGUUCACUUGGGGUAGUUCAGUUGUCAAUACAUUUUUUUAUAUUUGCAAA